AUAACUCCAUAAUGCCUUCGCCUUCAGAGCCCAGCCAGCAUUUCGAUUCUAUCGAAGACUCGAUCAAGGCUUUUAGUGAGUCAGCCUCUCAGGUUGUUGCGCCACCUGCGCGAGCUCCGAGGAUUAGGACCGAACAUGCUAAUGAUAAAUGCUCAACACAGAAAACGGAGAAUUCAUAAUAGUCCUUGACUCGCAAGAUCGUGAGAAUGAAGGUGACCUUAUCAUUGCCGCGGAGUCAGUCACAGAUGCA